CACAUGCAGUCUGACUCUCGUCUGUGUUGCUGCAACUUGGUGUGUCACCUGAAACUUGAUUGGACUAUUUGACUUUAAAUCAUGAGUGUUUCUCACGAGACCUGCCUCCUGGACCAAGUACUGGAUCUUAUUAUGAAUGAGAAGCCUCCCACCAGCACUAGUCUUUUCCUAAACGAGGACACGGACAAACUGCCUGCUGCAGACAGAGGAGACCUGAGGAGGCGAAUUCGAAGGGCUAUGGAGAAAAAAGCCAGCAGCAUGAAGGAGAGGAUUAGCCACAUCAGCUCGAGCAGCGUCAAAGGUUUUUUCAAGAGAAACCUGUUUGUUUUGUUCACUGUUGCUGCUGUGGCUCUGGGUGUCAUCCUGGGCUUUGCUCUACGCCCCCACAACCUGUCCCUGAGGGAGAUCAAGUACUUUUCCUUUCCCGGGGAGCUCCUAAUGAGGAUGCUGCAGAUGCUGGUGCUGCCUCUCAUCAUCUCUAGUCUGGUCACAGGUAUUUCCUCUUUGGACAGUAAAGCUUCGGGUAAGAUGGGUGUUCGUGCUGUGGUCUACUACAUGGUGACUACCCUGAUCGCUGUGUUCAUCGGCAUCGUGAUCGUCAUGAUCAUCCAGCCGGGAAAAGGAAGCAGAGACAGUCCGGUUGACAAAAGUGGAAACAUUGAACCUGUUCAGGCUGCUGAUGCUUUUCUGGAUCUUAUCAGGAACAUGUUUCCACCCAAUCUGGUAGAAGCCUGUUUCAAACAGUAUAAAACCAUGUACAAGAAGACUGUUCACACGAGGAACGUGACAGUGACGCUAAACCUCACCGACUCUUUCAAUGUGAGCGAGUCCAUCCUGAACGUGAACCUCAGCAGGGUGCUGCACACUAUACAGGAGACGGUGGAGGAGACAGUUCCUGUGUCGGGCUCCUCUGGUGGAGUCAACGCUCUGGGUCUGGUGGUGUUUUCCAUGUGCUUUGGUCUGGUCAUCGGCAACAUGAAGCAGCAGGGCCAGGCUCUGAGGGACUUCUUCGACUGCCUGAAUGAAGCCAUCAUGCGACUGGUGGCCAUCAUCAUCUGGUAUGCUCCAGUGGGCAUCAUGUUCCUGAUUGCAGGGAAGAUUGUGGAGAUGAAGAAUCUUGCUGAAGUCGGAGGUCAGCUGGGGAUGUACACCGUUUCGGUCAUAGUGGGCCUCCUCAUCCAUGGACUUUUUGUCCUGCCACUGCUCUACUUCCUGGUGACCAGGAGGAACCCCUAUAUUUUUAUUGCCGGGCUGCUGCAGGCACUCAUCACUGCUCUGGGGACGUCCUCUAGCUCGGCCACUCUGCCCAUCACCUUUCGCUGUCUUGAAGAAAACAAUCAUGUGGAUAAGCGAGUGACACGCUUCGUCUUGCCAGUGGGCGCCACUAUUAACAUGGACGGCACCGCGCUGUACGAGGCGGUGGCAGCCAUCUUUAUUGCUCAAGUCAAUGAUAUGGACCUCAACUUUGGCCAGAUUCUCACCAUCAGUAUCACAGCAACUGCUGCCAGCAUCGGAGCAGCAGGCAUCCCUCAGGCUGGCCUGGUUACCAUGGUGAUCGUAUUGACAUCUGUGGGACUGCCCACAGAGGACAUAACACUGAUCAUCGCUGUGGAUUGGUUCCUGGAUCGCCUGCGUACCACCACCAAUGUCCUGGGCGACUCACUCGGGGCCGGCAUUGUGGAGCAUCUUUCCCUUGGAGAGCUGCACAGUCAAAAUACAGAGAUGCACAACUCUGUCAUUGAGGAGAGCGAGAAACCCUAUCAGCUCAUCUGCCAGGACAAUGACACACUUAACCACAUCAACAGUGAAACCACAAUGUAAAUCAAGAACAACCAUCUGAGUGGACCUAAUGUGACAAACGUGCUUUAAGUAGAUAGUUGGCUUGGAAAGUUGCAGCGAAGUGGAGCAGUCCAGCAGAAAAUAACAGCUCUUGGUUGAGUGAGUUAGUGUUUGCAGUUCACAGGGUUUUUGCUACUCCUGGACAUAAUCUCACAUCUUUCAGUCCAGCAGUAUUCAUCCUGUGGCAGGGUGAUGACAGGAAGUUAAGUGCACAUGCUAUUUGGAGGUUAUCACUCACUUAAUGCGAAUUGAAUUUGUCCAAAAAAGUUUCAGGUAAAAUCUUCAGUCUCAUUACAAUUUCAAACAUGUAUAUAAAUUGUAAAAUGCACAGACAAAAUAUGACAAAGAUAUCCGCAUUUAGUUUGUAGAAACACAGUUUUGUCUAUAAAUAUAAUUGACAUCAGCAGUCAUAAGUCAAUGAUCAGGAAACCAGCAAACGCUUCAGUUUUGCAACUUUCAGUUUUGCAAAAGUGAAGAUUUUUUAUCAUUCUCCUUGUAGAAACAUUUUUUUGGUCAUUUUCAUUCUGACUCUACCUCUGAUUCAAUUUUGAUAUGGGCUGUGCCACUCACGCACACACACACACACACACACACACACACACACACACACACACAGUUAUAUGAAAAAAAUACAUAUGAAUCAGUGUUAUUUUGUUUCUACAUAUAACUCUGUGUUAUAAACGUAUACCGACACCAUGGAAUUGUAAACCUAUGAGUGUGUUUGACUGUUCAACACUAGUUGUUAUUAGUUUGAGGUUGAGAUGCUUUAAGUCAAUUGUAUGAUUUGUUUGAUUUUUUUAAAACUCGGUGCUUUCUUAUUAAUGCUUGAGUACACUUCUUGUGUGUUCUAGUGCCAUUUGGUUUAUGAACUAUAAAACUGGACUCUACCACACUACUUUCACAGAAACAGCUGGAAUAUAAAUGACAAUACUGUUAAUUCUCUUUCUGUAUUUAUUUAAAAUAUUAUCAGAUUUGGAAUUAUAGUGCAUCAUUUAGGGUUUCAUUUAUUGCUUUUGUCUUGGAUUUCUUUUUUAAAAUCUUAAAAUAUUUUGGUUUUAGGUCAAAAACAUUUUAUUUUACGUAAUAGCAAUAUGUCCACAUUUACAUUGAUAUUGUGUGCAAAACACAUUAAUUUCAUUUUGUUGUAUCCUAAAUGCAUUGCAGACUAGUCAUCGAUUAAUAUAGUUGUUCUUAAUAUUAUUGUUAUUAGCGGUCGCAGUAGAAGUAUUGAUGUUGUUUUUAUUUCUUUCUCUUUUUUACUGUCAGUUCUGUGACAAAGGAUUGUGGGAAAGGUUUUAAAUGCUGUGACAAGUCAAAUGUACAAAAAAGCUCUUGAUGUCAAAUGUUUUAGGAAAAAAAAGUGUUGUGCGUAAUUCUGGAAAUAUAUACACUUAUAUUAUCCAUUUAUUGAAGUUUUCAGUUGUGCUUCUCAUGUGCCUAUUUGACUUUAAAUUUGAUACCAGAUGUUGGUGAAAGUGUAAUUUCUCAUGGAGUAGCUCAACAUGUUGAUGGACAUCGCUUGAAAAAAAUGUGUCAAAUAAAUGUCUCAGGAACUGAAUUGUGAUUGUCGUUACUGUGAUUGUGGCAGC